AUGGGGCCCCCAGGCAAUAGGGGAUCAUGGGGCCCCUGUGUCCUUGCCCAAAUUCAAAAAAGCCUAUGAAAAAGUGCAUCCUGGGAUAUCUCAUACCUGCAAUACCUCUAAACAAUAGAAAGCUAAAGCUGAAUAAAAGCCUUUCAAAAGCUGCAGGUGCUGUAAGUGAGCGUUGUCAUCAGGGGCGGACUGACAACUCAUGGGGGCCCCCGGGCAAUAGGGGAUCAUGGGGCCCCUGUGCCCUUGCCCAAACUCAAAAAAGCCUAUGAAAAAGGUACCAGGGGCAUCUCAUGGGGCCCCCUACUGACCCCGGGCCCUCGGGCAGUGCCCGAGUUUCCAAAUGGUCAGUCCGCCCCUG